AUGAGUUCACGCAGAUUUUUUUCAAUUGGUACACCUAUUCUCAAUUCGAUAAAAGUUGCACAAAUGGUAUCACUUAAGCCAACACAAUCCAUACCUGACGUUAAAACAUUUUUAACUAUUAUUGGCAGAGGUUGCCAUGAAUUGGCUGAUACGUACGAAAAUAACUGGGAAAAUUUGGUCAGUUGGGAUUCUCGUAUGUUAAAGGAAAAAGGUGUCUCUGUACAACAACGUAAAUAUAUUUUAGUAACAGUUAGAGAGAAUGAAGAAUGGUCAAGAGAUAAAAGAAAUAAAAAAGGUAAAAAAUCAUUUUUUGGUGGUGAAAGGCACAGGAAAGAAAACAUCGCUAAGUAUCAGGCUGAACAAAGAAAUAAAUAA